GCAGUGGGCACAGCAAUCUCUCUCUGUGUGUUACUCCCCCGCCCCUCAUCACACACACACAUAACGCAUACCAAACUCACUCCCCGUCCAAACAUGUUUUAUCCUGGAGCCAUGAAGGAGCAGCCAACCAGGAAAGAAGGGCGCAAAAUCAAAGCGAAUUAAGCUUGAUAAUCAGCACUUUGAGAGCGGCCGCGGCAUGUACGCCCAAUACUGUACACUACAGUCGUAAAGCAAAAACUUCUGGUAUUUUAUACAGGCGACAAUAAUACCCCUUCUACUAUAUCUCUCGAUGGCUUGAUUAUUUUGAAGCCUAUCGUCGGUGGUUUUUGGUCAAGGCACGGCCAGGGCUCAAGCAUUCGAGAUGCACGGUGGAUGCUGCCGCCAACCACUGCACCACAACACGGACACCGCCACGGGCCCAGUUCUAUCAUGGUGUUCAAACGGAGAGCGAGGAGGAUGCGUCUUGGGCUGCGGUGCUAUCGGGUGGGGCCCACGUGGCUCUGGAAGGCCCUGCUGGUGUUCGUGGCCAUUGCCUUCGCAGGACAGCUUCUGGGAGUCAUUUACAACAAAAGCCUCCAGCAGGACAGGUUGCGGUGGUUGUUCUCGUCCGAUGACCAGGGCCCGUCUCUGGGCUCCUGUCGGCCCCGCAGCCAUGUCAUGUUCCUGAAAACCCACAAGACAGCCAGCAGCACUGUCCUCAACAUUCUCUACCGAUACGGAGAGGAGAACGACCUGCUCUUCGCCCUGCCUCUGGGGUAUCAGUUCGACUACCCCCUCCCUUUCAACGCCCACAGGGUCAAAGGUUACAGAGGGCCCCGUGUGGCAGAAUUCAGCAUCAUGGGAAACCACAUGCGCUUCAACAAACCAGAGGUAGGGAAGGUAAUGCCAGCCGACACCUUCUAUUUCUCCAUCCUUCGUGACCCUGUAGCGCUCACCGAGUCGUCCUACGCCUACUACAAAUCCGUUGCCCCUGCCUUCAGGAAAGCCAAAGACCUGGGAGACUUCGCAGACAACCCCUGGAAGUACUACAACCCCCGUCUCCAUAACAACCACUACGCUCGCAACCUGCUGUGGUUCGACUUCGGCCUGGACCACAACGCCAACUUCUCCAUCGCACUGGCGCAACGAGGUGAAGUGGCCAUCCGACGUGCCUUCAAACUCAUCCUGGUCUCGGAGCACUUCGACGAAUCCAUGGUACUGCUCCGCCACGCCCUCUGUUGGCCUCUGGACGCUGUCGUCUCCUUUAGCCUGAACGCCCGGCAGCAAAAGUCCAGUGGAAGCAGCUCCUGGGUGGAUAAAGCGGCCGCUGCUCAGCCCCCCGCCAAGACUCUCACAGACAACCAACGCCAGAAGCUCCGGGAGUGGAAUGCCCUGGACUGGCACCUCUAUCAGGCGUUCAACCGCUACUUCUGGGACGAAGUGGAUCGCUUUGGGAGAGCCAGAAUGGACCAAGAGGUCGUUCUACUCCGGACCCGCCGGGAGUUGCUGGCUAAGGCUUGUCUGAGGGAAGGCGGGAAGCCGGUAGAGGCAAGCCGCAUCCGAGACAAGAACAUCAGGCCCUUCCAGAGUGGCUUGGUGAAGAUCCUAGGAUAUGAGCUCCAGCCUGGGCUGGACAACGCUACCCGUCAGGCCUGUCUGAGGAUGAUCAGGCCGGAGAUUCAGUAUAAAGAUCUGCUGGAUGCCAGGCAGUUCCCCAGGGCAGCUCCCCAGCCUGCCCAGGCUCCGCCCCCAGCUAUCCCUGCUGGGGGAGCCUACGUGAGGAAAAGCCCCUCCUCCCAACUCAGGACAGGAGAGCUGGGAGUGGAGGGAGGAGGGAGGAUUGGGGAGGAGGAGAGGGACUGGGACGGGAGUCGGUUAUCUCGUAGUAAUAAUAAUAACCAAACAUUGGCGCGAGAUAGAGGGGGGAAAAGGAACAUAAGAUAGUUUUCCAUCCAGAAUGAAUUCCAGGUGGGGAGUGGAUAAGACUAAACCCCGCAUGAGCCUGUGUACUCGUACUCAAGCACUUGUUGAGUAUUUCUAUUACUCAAGUACUACUGAAGUACUCCGAAAGACCCAUUCUCCCUCCAACCCUGCUGUACCUCCACUUUAUUGUACAUUCUCGUUUUUCUGGCACAUCUUAUGACUCCUUUAUGAAUGGUUAUGACUGGUUAUGACUCCCUUAUGUUCAUAUUGACUAUGUAAGGGUGCGAAUUAUGGGGAAGCUAAGCUUCCCUGAAUGACACAUGAGCUUCUAUAAAGGUAAUAAAAGUCCCAAAAUGUUUUUUUGGGGGGAGGGGUAUUGAUAAUUUGACCUAGACACGCACCGACAGCAAGACGCAUCAAUCUUACCACUCAGUAUGUGUUGCCCAUAUAUCUGAUGCUGUCGGGACCAAACAAGUAUGACAGAGGGGUGGCGUUUCGCACGCUCUGGUCCUUUCUCUGGUGAGAUACAAGUAACUGCCAAAAUAACGGAAACACCAACAUCAGGUGUCUUAAUAGGGCGUUGAGCCAGAACAGCUUCAAUGCGCAUGUCGCCGUGGCAUAGAUUCUGGAACUCUAAGUGUCUGGAACUCUAUUGGAGCGAUGUGACACCAUUCUUUCAUGACAAAUUCCAUAAUUUGGUGUUUUGUUGAUGGCGGUGGAAAAUGCUGUCUCAGGCACCACUCCAGAAUCUCCCAUAAGUGUUCAAUUGGGUUGAGAUCUGGUGACACACACACACACAAACCCUUUAAACCCCCUAUGCUCAUUUGAGACCCCUUUUUCAAAAUCACUGAGAUCUCUUCUAGUCAUGGUAGCCAAAAUAAUGGGCAACUGGUCAUUUUUAUACAUGACCCUAAGCAUGAUGGGAUGUUAAUUGCUAAAUUAACUUAGGAACCACACCUGUGUGGAACCACCUGCUUUCAAUAUACUUUGUAUCCCUCAUUUACUCAGGUGUUUCCUUUGCGAAUUGAGGGAAAAUUACUAAACUUAUUUUUGUAUUUUUUUUUAUUGUUCACAUUUUUGGGAAAACAUGGCUUCCCUUGGCAUCCAAGAAUACACCCACUGUAGAAGACCUAAUGACAAUCACCAAAUGUCAUUACACUGAUGGUGUCUGUAACAGAUGUCUCUUUCUAUUCAUUAAAUGGCACGUGCACAGUGCACUGUUUGGAUGCUGGAAUUAUUUUGGAGUGGAGGAACGUGCGCAGCCGCAGGUAGCCUACUUUUUGAAGUGAUAUAUUUGACAAUCAGAUGACAACUUCAUGACUGGUUGUGUUCAUGCCACAUUAAAAUGUAAUACAUUUUUACAGAUAAAUGAUAAAUAUAUCUUUACUAUUAGGCCAAUAAAAAUGAAAAAUCCUAGUAGAGGCUCCCCUGAAUGUCACAGUAUAGUUCGCUCUCUGGACUUUAUGAACACUGUGGACGUGAAAUGGAAUUGCAUUGCAUUCAGUGGGCCAACUGUUGUUCAAAAAGUUUGCUUCUCUGCUUGAGAUUCGGAGGUCCAACUUCUCUUGCACGAUCAAAUUGUCAGCAUUUUUUUCGUUUUUAGAAAAAUAACUUGGCUUUUACCUUUUUCUUGAAUGCUAAUGUUAAAACACAAACAGGCAGCCAGCCAUAGCUACUGUAAAUGCUGGGAUAGGGAUGAUGUGAAUUGCAUGUUCUGACUGAGGAUCGGAAUGGGAUCCAUCCCUCUGAACACAGUGUGCCUGGCGUAGAAAAUGUAGUCCAUAUGAAGCAGCGGAGGCUGGUGUGAGGAGGACAGCUCAUAAUGGCUGGAAUGCAAUGAAAGGAACGGCAACAAUCACAUGGUUUCCAUGUGUUUGAUAGCAUUCUAUUCAUGCCAUUACAAUGAGCCUGGCCUAUAAUUUAAAAUGACACCAACCUCCACUGAUACAAAGCCAGCAUUGAAGAGCAGUGAAUCUCACAAUAGGCCUUACUGUGAUGUCUUCUAGAGAGAUAGAUGGAAAACAUCUUAAAGGCCCAAUGCAGCCGUUUUUAUCUCAAUGUCAAAUCAUUUCUGGCUACCAAUAAAGUAAUAGACUUCUAUUAAAAAGGGCAAAAAUAGUUUCUUGAUGAAAAAAUUCUCAAGCUAGAAUUUUGCUAGGAAUGUCUGGGGGGGUGGACUGAACUAGCUGUUAUUGUUAUCUAUUAAACAAUUUAUCGCAUGGUGAUGUCACCAUGGAAAGCCGUAACUCCAGCCCAUGCAAGCCUGCUGAUUAGAAGGUCCUGUUUAGAUAUUUAUUUUUCGACCAGCAACUAUCAGGAAAUAACACUGAUAAUAACAAUGUAAAAAAACUUCUACAGUGUUAGUUUCAUCAGCGGUAUCAAUUAUAACAGAAUUUUGACUGCACUGGGCCUUUAAUGUUAACACAUGGUACUUUGAGAGGGACCGACAUGUACUGUAUCUGAACUGAAGCACUGUGGUUGAAUGGAUAGCAAGUCUGACUAUGAACCUUUUUUAGUGUGUCUUUUCAUACUGUAUGUACAGUGUAUGUAAUAUAGUAUACCCAGUAUUUCCCUGGCUCAAUGGUAGGUUUCAAUGCGAGCUAUGAUUCCACCCCCUCACAUAGAUAUUCACAUGUGAAGCCUGAGUACGUCUCAUGCAUACCUUACAUACAAGAACACGUAUGUAGAUCAUAUCUUACAUAGUAUAUACAUUUUAACACACACACACUGUACACGUCAUGCUUGACAGCGUAAGUGAGUCAUGGAAGCUCAUUGAAAUGCAUUCUCACAUGUCCAUGUGGCACAGCCAGCCAGCGCAAUUGGUGUCAAGUGACCAUGGGGUGCAUGUAUAAAGGCACGCCAUCUGGUGGUGUGGAGGUGUAAUGCUAUAGCCUGGUCCCAGAUCUAGUUGUGCUGUAUUAACCAACUCCUAUCCUGAUCUUAGACCAGGCUAUAGUAAUACCACUGAGGCCACUGAGUAACAGGAUGUUAUUAUUGGUUGACGAUCUUACUAGUGUAAGAUACACACAGGUAUUAAUGUCUUUGGCAGAACAAGCUGUGAUUUUUGGAGAGAAUCUGUGACCAAGUCAGUUCAUUUUUAUUAAGCAAUCUACAUGACAUAACUGCUUCUGUAACACAGCAUCUUUGAACACAAUCUACAUGACAUAACUGCUUGUGUGACACAGCAUCUUUGAACACAAUCUACAUGACAUAACUGCUGGUGUGACACAGCAUCUUUGAACACAAUCUACAUGACAUAACUGCUGGUGUGACACAGCAUCUUUGAACACAAUCUACAUGACAUAACUGCUAGUGUGACACAGCAUCUUUGAACACAAUCUACAUUACAUAAUUGCUGGUGUGACACAGCAUCUUUGAACAGAAUUUACCUGAGGCUUCUUUAGAUAACAGGGACACACACACACACACACACACAGCUAUCGUUUCCCUUUCCAUUCACCACUCCAGGUGCAGUGUAAUCUAUUUAGUUUUUUUUUUAUCACUUUGGCACAUUUUUCAGAUGUAAAGUGGUAUAUUUUCUAAGCUCUAUGUACAAAACUCUAAACUGAUAACACGUGUAAUGCCUCCUGUCUUAUGUUCAGAACUUUUGAUUGUGCAUUCAUUGAGGUUGCACAUCUUUCACCCCUGGGUCUUUCAUGCCAAAUCAAAGUUUUCCAUAAAAUACAACAUUUACUUUAGUCGCCAAUACAUCAGAUAAUGAUAGGCUCACCAUUUAGUAAUUUUAACUAACAUUUAAAACCAAUAGCAAAGAAUACAAGAUGCACAUUGUAAAAACUGUUAUUUUUGAAGUACUGGUUAGAAAGAAUAGUAGAAUGUAAAUAUAAUUUUCCAUACAGAAUUUGACUAUAACUUGACAUGCAAAAUUUUAGUUGCAUUAUCCUUACACAGUACAUACAGUACUACAGUACAUAGGUCAAAUAAUCAGAUAUAGUGGUAUUUUAAAGCCGUCGGCUACGGUAAAAACGUUACCACGGUGUUGUAUGCCAUUUCUGCCCCAUGGAAAAUUGUACAAUAUCACCUUUUCUACGUGACUUGUCAACUGACACAGUAUCACCUGUCUCUGCUUGACAUUCAUCAGCUUAAUGUAUCAAUGAAAUUCAGAUACUGGCUGGAAUGUAUUGUUAUAUACUGUAUAAUCCCAGGUAUUUCAGCAGUGCAUUGUACACUACGCUAUAAUGGUAGCACAUAGGGAGUCUUUCCACUUUGUCCUAUUGAAGCACACUGGCUGAUGGAGAAUGAGGAUGUAGUAUUUACAGCCACAUCCAUACAUGAUUUGAAAUUGACAAUGUUCAGCAGUUAUCAAGCUAUACACGUUAGCUAGGCACUACAUCAUGUUGGUUCAGUGGUGAGCAGUUUGAUUAAGUAAUAGUUAAUUGUAUUGUUUGCAAAAUCAUAUCAAAAGUAAAGUGAAUAUUGAGUUUUGAAAAGCAGAUACUUAUAUUGAAUAUGCAUCCGAAUUGAAAGAGUGAUUCGGUGCAGUGAACACUGAAUUUGAAAGUGAAAGUGACACUGAAUUUGAUCAGUGCUCAGUCGAUGGAAAAUGUGCUUAGAGUUUUGAAAUAUGAGCCAUUUUGAUGAUCUGUUUAGAUUUCUGUGCUUAGUUGUGAAAAUAUACCACAGACUUGUGAAAAUUGCACCAAACGGGUUGAAAAAAAACUGACUUGGUAUUACCAUUGUGAAAGUGGCGUCAGUUAGUGUGUGACAAACAGUCAAGGAAUUCAUUGUCCAUAAAACCUGGAACAUUUAUUACACAAUCACAUUGUCACAUUAGCCUACUGCAGUUUUACAACUGUUAAAUUCACCUUUUAAGGAAGGAGGCGUGACGUUUUAUCAUUUUAUUUCAUCUCAGUACACUACACUCCGUUGGGUAACUGCUGUUUUUUGUUGAGUUCAGGUAGUUUCCUCAACAGCAAUACGGUUGAUUCAUCCACAACUGAAAUAUAUAUUUUAAUUUAGUACAAUGGUUAGACUUAAAGCUAAAAAUAGAAUUUGUUGGUUACAUCAGUGCUGUCUUUCAUUGUGUCUAUGUUAUGAACUACGGUUAUGGUGGGCUUUUAGUUUCACUGUUUUACAGUCUCCAUGUUUGUAGUUUUUCAUCGUCUUGACCGAGAUGGUGGUUUUUGGUGGUUUUAUUAAGAGAAAAAGAAAAUGUUGAAUGACAAAAAUACAAACGCUAAUAAAACAGUUAUUUUUUUGCCUUAAACUGUACAUUUUGGGAACAGGGCUUUAAAAAUGACAGUUUCUGUAUUUAUCAUUACUUUUUAAAAUCUCUUGUAUAUAUGUUAUGUAUUAUUUUAAGGUAAAUUUGACUGGAAUGCACUCUUUUUUAUUUUUUUUAUUUUUACAUUUAAGAGCUAAUAGAAAACAUACACACAUUGAUACACAAUUUAAUUAUGUUGAUUAUCCCAUUUCUUUGAGACAUUAUUAUCAUAUCAAUAUACAAAAACACACAAAAUGUACAGUAUGUGACCCAAGUUACCACAUUUAUGAAUUAUUUAUUCAUUAAAGCAAUGGCAAGAAUACAACCACACACACAAAGCAGUGAGUGAUAUAGGCAAAUGUAUCCACUGACAAUACUGUAAGAAAUUGUCAUUUUGUUCCUCCAAACGUGUUAAUUUUUAAAGUGAUGGGAUUUACACUUUUUGAAAGCAGCCUGUAAGGCAACUCUGUCCCCAAGGCUGAUGUUUAACCACUCUGCCCCCAAGGCUGAUGUUUGACCACUCUGCCCCCAAGGCUGAUGUUUAACCACUCUGCCCCCAAGGCUGAUGUUUGACCACUCUGCCCCCAAGGCUGAUGUUUAACCACUCUGCCCCCAAGGCUGAUGUUUGACCACUCUGCCCCCAAGGCUGAUGUUUGACCACUCUGCCCCCAAGGCUGAUGUUUAACCACUCUGCCCACAAGGCUGAUGUUUAACCACUCUGCCCACAAGGCUGAUGUUUAACCACUCUGCCCCCAAGGCUGAUGUUUGACCACUCUGCCCCCAAGGCUGAUGUUUAACCACUCUGCCCACAAGGCUGAUGUUUAACCACUCUGCCCACAAGGCUGAUGUUUAGCCACUCUGCCCCCAAGGCUGAUGUUUAACCACUCUGCCCCCAAGGCUGAUGUUUGACCACUCUGCCCCCAAGGCUGAUGUUUGACCACUCUGCCCCCAAUGCUGAUGUUUAACCACUCUGCCCCCAAGGCUGAUGUUUAACCACUCUGCCCACAAGGCUGAUGUUUAGCCACUCUGCCCCCAAGGCUGAUGUUUAACCACUCUGCCCCCAAGGCUGAUAUUUAACCACUCUGCCCCCAAGGCUGAUGUUUGACCACUCUGCCCCCAAGGCUGAUGUUUAACCACUCUGCCCCCAAGGCUGAUGGUUAACCACUCUGCCCCCAAGGCUGACGGUUAACCACUCUGCCCCCAAGGCUGACGGUUAACCACUCUGCCCCCAAGGCUGACGGUUAACCACUCUGCCCCCAAGGCUGACGGUUAACCACUCUGCCCCCAAGGCUGACGGUUAACCACUCUGCCCCCAAGGCUGACGGUUAACCACUCUGCCCCCAAGGCUGACGGUUAACCACUCUGCCCCCAAGGCUGACGGUUAACCACUCUGCCCCCAAGGCUGACGGUUAACCACUCUGCCCCCAAGGCUGACGGUUAACCACUCUGCCCCCAAGGCUGACGGUUAACCACUCUGCCCCCAAGGCUGAUGGUUAACCACUCUGCCCCCAAGGCUGAUGUUUGACCACUCUGCCCCCAAGGCUGAUGGUUAACCACUCUGCCCCCAAGGCUGAUGUUUGACCACUCUGCCCCCAAGGCUGAUGGUUAACCACUCUGCCCCCAAGGCUGAUGGUUAACCACUCUGCCCCCAAGGCUGAUGGUUAACCACUCUGCCCCCAAGGCUGAUGGUUAACCACUCUGCCCCCAAGGCUGAUGUUUGACCACUCUGCCCCCAAGGCUGUUUAACCAGAGGAUGAGAGUCUCACAGGCUACUUUCAAGACAUCUUUGGGCAGAUUGCUAUGCCCGUACAGAAAAACCACAUGAUUUCUUAUGUGGAACAUUUCACGUGUCUUCACAUGUUGUCACGUGUUAUCACAUUAACGUCUCAUACGAUCACGCGAAAACGUGCGUUUUUGGAACACUUCACGUAAUUCUGUGAAAUUCAUGUGGUUUUGGAACAUUAUAUGUGAAAUUCAUGUGUGUUUUUUCAAUAAGGGUGGUACUGUGAUAAUGAUACUUUUCUGUUGACCUCUCUACUAUUGACUUGAUACACUAUUCUCACAUGAUGGGAACCAUGUUACAUAUUGUAUGUCUGUGAGAAUGAAUGGUACUGUACACUAUUGAAAUAAAGGGUUUUUGUCUCAUGUAA